AUGGCGUCGGAUGGCCCACCUAGGUGGGAAGAGAGGAACGCCGUUCCGGUGUGGAACGGCAAGGCAGAGGACUUCGCCCACUUCGUGACUGAGGUGAAGUGGACGCUGUAUGCCACCAAGAGAGAGGAGCGACCGCUGUUAGCUGCGAGGAUUAUCCGGAAAGCGCUGCAGAGGCCGCUUAAUCGGCAGCCGCUCCCGGACGCAGGAACCAAGAUCGGGGCAUACUACCGCCGCCUGCUGCGACGACACCAUGAGCCACUGCCUUCCUUCCUGGUCCGCGAGGACAAGGUGCAUGAUGAUAUGCUAAGGGCUCUUCAGCGAUUGCUUCGUGAGCGCGAACUAGUGUUCGAGGGAUAUGACACAGAUGUGGAGGAGCUGAAGCGCUUUUGUGGGAUUCAGGAAGGCGAGUCAGUUUACUUUGGGCCCCCGGAGGGCGACGAUGCGGACCCUGACCCGGAGGCCGGAGAGCAGCCGGCGGAGACGGAGGAGGACGAGAGCGAGGACCGCGGCCGGCGAUCGAGGCACAGCUCGCGGUCUUCGAGAAGGAGCUCAAGGCAUGGCAAGGGAUCCGAAAAAGGGUCCUGGAAGGGAGCCCCACCUCGGGGCAAGGACCUGCUGGAGCGUCUGAUGGAGAAAGGCCUCAUGGCACUAUCGGCCCUUGAUGUCAUCAGGGGCUGGAUGGUGCUGGAGAUGUCGACCUCAACAGAAGAAGAACGCCGGGUGAUAAAAGCCGCCACGCGCAACCGGCUUGGCUACCAGGAGGUUCGGCAAGCCUUGCUGUCAAUGUUUGAGGACCGCGGCGGCAAGUCGGCCCGGACUUUCGCUCCUGGCAAGGGCGCCUACCACGUGGAGCUGGACCGGGAGUAUGCGGACGACGGCGCCUACUACACGGACGCCGCCUACGACGACCAGCGGGAGUAUGAGAACCAGCGGCAGGAGAUCGAGGCGAUGUUGGCGGAGAACGACCGGAACCUGAUGGAAGCGAGAAGGGCAGUUGCAGCAGCUGCCAAGGACCGGGGCUGGGGCUCAGUACAACAGCGCCAGCCGAAGCCAACCUCGACCUAUAUGUCCAAGAACAACAAGGGCAAGGGACACGGCAAAGGAGGCGGAAAGAAAGGAGCAAAGCUGGUCGAAGAAGCCAACUGGGUGAGCAAAGGCCAGGGCAAGAAGGGCAAACCUUUUUCCAAGGGGGCCAGCAAAGGCCCAAAAGGACCGCCGACGUGGGCACAUGCAUACCACCUUGACGGCGGCCUGGAGUUCUUCACCACGGUUUCGGAAGCGGAGGCCCGCGGCUCUACAUCGACAAUGGCGGCAUCUGAGGGCUUAGUGGAUACCGGUGCGACGGCGACGGCUGGAGGCCAAGACGCUGUCGAGCGGCUUUGUGCAGCGGUGGCCGCAGCUAGGCAAGAGACUCAGAUCACCGUGUUCGAGAGCGAGAGGCCAUACUUCCGGUACGGCAGCGGGAAGUGGGGAAGGGCUCUUUAUCGAGUGUGCUUGGAAUGUGCGGGUAUGUCCUUCAGCAUGUUUGCCUUGCCGAGCGAAGGGGUGCCAGUGCUUGUGGGCAUGCGCGAGCUUCGUCAGAUGAAUGCCUUUCUCGGGUGUGCCACGGGCCGGACAACCGUCACAAAGGAGAUCAAGUCCCUUGGGCCCCCGCUGGCAGACACCUACCACCAGGACCUGGAGAACCCCAACGACAUCAACCGCUACCGCUGUGAGCCCUCCGCGGACAACCUCAACCGACAGAGCAACAGCAACCGCACAGAAGAACGAGCAGGUCAACUACAAGUGGGAAUAUGGGCGCUACAUGUGCCAAGCGAGACAGCAGCAACUCCCCAUCGCCACGUGAUCAUGGCAACCGGCAGCGGAGACCCUUUGCCCAGCGAGAUGAAGGCAGCGAUCCAGGCCGCCGUGCGGGAAGCGAUUGCCGGGGAGCUGAAGAAUACGAUCACCGAGGAGCUGAAGAACACCAGCACCAAGACGAAGGGCAAAGGACGCAGCCGAGGCAGUGGGGAGAAGACGGAGUACGACACCACCCGCAAGCAAGGACCGGACGAGCGAGAUCCCCGUGGCCGGGCCGACCAAUGGCCAUGUCUGGGCCGGCACUCCUACGGCACGGGCGCCAACCGCUAUGGCAAGUGGUCGGAAUGCACGGUGUGCGGGCAUCGGGUCUCGUACAUCCCCGCUCGCGACGCACCUGGGCAGACGACCAAGACCAACCUGCCGAUGAAUGUGACCGAGGCCUUGGACCGGCUGAGGGCGGAAGGUCGCGACCCGGCGGGCUUGGAGGCGAAGGACGUGAAGUCGAUGAUCGAGAUCGUGGCGCGAGAGAAACGCCUCCUGUAUGGCAAGCCGAAGUCGAAGACCAAGCCGGCGGCCGAGCCGAAGCGGGGCACCAAGAACAAGGACCCGAAGACGGCGGUGGUCGUCGAGGACGAGGAUCUCGACGGCUACGAGCGGGCCGAUGACGCCGGGGCAGGGGAGCAGGAAACUUGGAUGGAAGAUGAUGAACCCCUGCCGUCCGAGAAAGCACAGGAGCUGCACUUUGCAGCCAACGAAUUCAAUUUGGCAGCCAUUUUGGAUGCCGUGCAGCCUCGACACGCGUGGGAGGUUGCUUGCAGGACUGAAGGAAACCUUAGAAGCGCUUGUGCUCACCGUGGCUUGGUGGUGCACGAUAAGUCGCUUGGAGAAGGCUACGACCUGAACAAGAGGGACCAUGUGAACUACUUGUUGCGAGAGGUGUGGCAGCAGGGACCAUGGAAGAUCUGGUUUUCACCGUCUUGCGUGAUGCCACGGUCCCCGGAGUUGCAAGGAGACCUUGCCAAGCUUCGCCGGAAGCAGGCCAAGGUCAGGAGGCAACUGGCGCACAUUGUGGAGAUUGCCAAGGCGAGCCUCGAGAACUCCAACGGCACGACCCAGAUCUACCUGGAGAUGCCUGCCGCGGCCCACGGAACAUGGAGAUCGGCCGGCACCCGAGCUAUGAAGGAUCUAUGGACCGCCUGGGGCCAGCGCCACUACUGGACCCAGCUGGGUGCACGGACCGUGCUCCACAACGACCCGGCCUUCCACGAACGACUUCAUGAACCACGACCGCGCGAGGAGGAGAACCCGACCGAGAUCACUGGCUACCCGGCGGCGAUGGACAUUGCGAAGGCAUGGAAGGCGCAGUACAUGAAGGCCCGCGACGGCAACGAGGUUCGGAACACCAUUGCGGCGGCCCAGCAGAUAGAGGACGACAGCAUGAUCAACGUCGCCGUGCCCGAGGACGUGGACCCUACAGACCAGAUGCGGCAACAGGCCCGAGCAUUGCUUACCAGGCUGCACCGGGCGGCCGGACACCCGUCCAACAGGGCUCUGGCACGAAUCUGCCGGGACCGUGGCCUACCUCGUGCCGCACAGCCUUGGUACGAAACCGGCACCCUGGCAAAUGGUUGGCAUGGACCUCUUCGAGUUGCCCUUUCCGGCCCAAAAGCGGAAGGCCCGGUACCUGCUGGCAAUCUGCCUGGCGAUGCGCUGGCUAUGGUGGAGCAGGUGUGGGUCGGUCCUUUGAAUGAAUCUGGCACGGAUAGCGGGCAAAAGCUGGUGGAGACUUUCGCUGGAUCCUGGUUGCAACACCGGCCCAAGCCAGAGUGGAUCCUGACCGACCCCCAGUCAUCUUUGGCAAAGGGCGACUUCGCCGGCUUCUGUGGCUGGAUCGGUUGCGGUCUGGCAACCACUCCUGGAGAGGCCCACUGGCAAAACGGGGCCGUUGAGACCGCCGUGAAGGCCAUCAAGAAGACCAUGCGCCGGCUCAGGAAUGACAACACGGAGCUCGACACGAAGCUCUGUGGGCACAUUGCUGCAGCCGCCCACAAUCAGACAGAGUCGGUGAAAGGCUUCACCCCGAUGCAAUGGGCGUUCGGCUCGAACCCCUCAGCUUGGCGACAGGAGGCGGACCCGCUGCAGGUGAACAUGCAUCAAGGUGAGCGCCCCGAAGGCUUCUGGGAACUGCAGCGCCAGCGUGCCAAGGCUGAGGAAAUACAUCGACAAGAGCUGGCCCGGGAGACCUUCACCAGGCUGCACAAUGCGGCGCCCAGACCGUUGGUGGACUACCGCAUAGGUGACUGGGUGUGCGUCUGGAGGAAUGCGACUUUGAAGGCAAGGCGGGCCAGAGGACCAACAACGGUCAACCCAGAAGCUCGCUUCAUCGGGCCCGGUCGGGUGGCUUUGCUGGAACCACCUGUCUUACCCGACGGCCGUGUGUCGGUGAUCUGGGUGCUGAUGGGCACUUCGCUUUGGAGGUGCGCCCCGGAACAACUACGCAUGGCAAGCGAGCAAGAAGUGAUUACAGAGUUGCUGGCGAAGGGCGACGUGGUGGCCCAACCGGUGGAGAACGUGAUGAAGGGGCUGCGCCGCUUUGUGGACGUGACUCGGGAGAAGGACAAACCUGAAGGCGAUGGACUUCCGGAGCAACCGUGGCCGGAGGGAGCGCCGGAACCUAACCCGGCGGCAUCCCAAGCACAGCCCAUGGAAGAGUGGGAGGGCAACCUGGAGAACGCGGCCGAUGAAUGGGCCGGGCGUUCGGCACAGGCAGCCGCUACACGCUCAGAGUCCCCCACUCGAAGCAGAUCGCCCGGAAGGUCUGGAAGCCUGGCUGGCCGACCGUCUGUUUCUGUGCGCGAGCAGGUGGCCCGAUGGCAGCAGAUGACGGCGGCAAACCAAGGUCGGACAUUGGACGGCAUGCCACGAAUGACUCGCAUGCCACCUGAGAUUGCCAACGCAGAGGUGCCCGACACGUGGGAGCUCGACAUGGAGAGGCGCCUGCUAUUGAGGCACCACAACCAAUGGCGAAGCAAGCUCUUUGUUCCGACCGGGAUGGCCAGCUGCCCGGUUCCCGCCGACCAGUUCACCGGCAAGCGUGUGACUAUAUGGACGGACCCCAAGGGUCAAGGCGGCAGCUUUGUGGACAAAUGGUUUGGCACGCGAUCGGACCCAGAGCGCAGCCACGCCAAGCGCUGGAGAGGAACCACCUCCUUGGAGAUUAAGGAGGGAUAUGACGUCCUGUACCCCAAGCGCAAAGAGUUCGAACAGCCACCGGCAGCAACCACUAGAAAGAAGCAGAAGGAGAGCACACCACCACCGACACCCCGAGAAGAAGGAGACGAAGCUACAAGCAGCCGGCCGGUACCAGAACCAGCGGCUUCCACGACUUCACCUUCUUCACUGGGGCUUGUUAUGAGCUUAGAGCAGGCAGCUGAACCAGAACGAGCUGCUUCCGCGACUUCACCUUCUUCACUGGGGCCCUCAGGCAGACAGCCAGACAGAUAUGAUCUAGCAGAGUCCGACCGAGUGACCCGUCUGGAUCCAGAGACCAUUGCCCUGGUACAGAGGAGGAUAGAGCAGCUCGAGCAGGAGACCAGCCAAGGGGUGUCGCUCAACAAGCUACGUUUGGAGCUCCGAAGGAUGCGCCAGGAGGAGAAGGACCUUGUGAGGGCAGUGCGUCGAGCAUGUGAUCGUAACGAAGAGGCCAUGGUCGUUGAGUUUGACGUGGAGGACCUCAACCUGUUCGUGGCGAGCAGCGCGACCUACUCGAAGGCCAAGCUGGCCUCGAGCACCGCGGCGAAGGAGGUCAACUACCGGAACCUCAACCACGACGACAAGGCCCGAAUGGACGAGGCCAUGGCAAGAGAAAUUUCUGAGGUCCUGCGCUCGAUGGCGAUCAAGGCGGCUUCAGAGGGGCUUUCAGAGGAUCAAGUGCGUGACCGGCUCAUUCCCAUGAGGUGGAUCCUGACCUGGAAGCCAGUACCGGAUGGAAGCCCGCCAACGAGCUCCAAGAACGAGGUGUCCAGCGCCGAUGGCAAGCACAAGGCCAAGGCACGUAUCGUGUUGAUCGGGUACAAGCACCCAGACUUGGCGCGACGGGACAGCCGCACUGGGCAACAGCAGCUGCUUACGGCGAGCCCAACGUUGUCGCGAUUGGGCAGGUGCAUGCUGCUCCAAGCCGCUGCUCUGGACCAACAUACCAUAGAGUGCGCUGAUGCCAAGAGUGCGUUCCUACAGGCCGACAAGGGCAUCGGCACAGAACCCUUGUUCACCAAGGGAGUCCCGGAACUGGCCAAGGCGCUGGGAUUGACACCGGGGUCACUCAUGGAAGUGGUCGGGGCCGUCUAUGGCCUGACAAACGCUCCUCGCAUCUUUUGGCUCGACGUCGACGAGAAGAUGCGAGCCUUGGGCGGAAGGCCACAUGACAUUGACCGAUGUAUCUGGAUAUUCCGGAACAAGGAAGGGCGCGUCAUAGGGCGCGUUGGAACACACGUGGAUGACUUCCUGAUUUGUGGAGACCAUGAAGACCCAGAGUGGAUGGACAUCCGGGAGCGGAUCAAGAAGAUGUACUCCUGGUCUCCAUGGAAGACCGGGCACUUCACCUUUGCCGGCUUGGAGGUGCGCCAGCUCAAGAACUAUGAGAUUCGGGUGACCCAGGAGGCGUACUGCAACGCGCUCACCCCGAUCGAGAUCACUGGCGACAAAAGCCGGGGGGACUCAGAUCCUUUGACUCCUAAGGAGGUUUCCCAGUUCAGGGGUCUUACCAUGAAGGCCCAAUGGCGUGCCGUGCAGUCGGCUUUCCAGUACUGCGCCAGAGUGGGAAUGGCAGCUUCGGCCGUGAACAAGGCGACAGUGGCACACCUCCGGGAAGCCAACGCCAUGAUGAGAGAGCUGAAGAAAUCAGCCAAGGAAGACAUGGUCUUCCACUCCUUUAACUACGGCCGCGAGCAGAAGAUUGCCUGGAAUGACCUCGUUGCCCUGCACUUCGGAGAUGCCGGGAACAACAACCGCCCAGACGGCGGAUCCACAGGAGGCUACUUGACCGGGUUUGCUGCUCCGGAGAUCCUCGGCGGCAACGAGACCAAGGUCAGUGUGCUAGACUGGCGCUCGUGGAAGCUGGACCGCCCGGCCAAGGGCACGAACGGAACGGAGUCCCAAGCCAUCUUUGAGGCGGAGGACAAAGGAUGGAAGUGUCGACUGUUUUGGGCCCUGCUAAAUGGCAAAGAGCUGACGCGGUCUAAUGCAGCCGCCCUCGCCUCUUCUAUGGAGUCCCUCCUGAUCACGGACUCUCGUGGCCUGUAUGAUGCCAUCACCUCUUCGGAUUCUCCUCUGCUGGGGAUGAACAAUGCCAGGACAGGCAUCGAGGCGACUGCAGUGCAGAAGGGACUGAGAGACGACGGCAAGUGCUACCUUACGUGGGUGCCAAGUGACUUGAACCUGGCCGACAGCCUGACCAAGGCCACUCACGAGGCAUUCCGAGCCGCGGCUCUGUACCACAGCCGCAAGUCGUGGAUCGUCAGGUUCAACGAGGAGUUCGUCAGUGCGCGGAAGCAGCAGCGUCUUCGGAAAGCUCAGCAGGAGAAAGAAGCUGCAGCAAUGGUGCAAUGGCCCGACGACUUUUCCGGCGACAUAGAAGGCCUUUGCACACCCGUCGAUCGCUGA